GGGAGAAAAGGGCGCUGUGGCGUGGCGGGAGGAGGCGCGCGGGGUCCGGGCUCCGGCUGCGAAGCGCCCGCGGGUGGGCCGACCAGGUGAGACCGAGAUGCUGCUGCGCUGGCAGCCGGGGCAGCCGCUGCCGCAGCCGCAGCUGCUGCUGCUCCUGGGGUCGCUCGCUCCCUUCUCCCUGCGCGCGCCGGUGGCACUCGCGCAGGCCGAGGACACCGUGGCGCUGGACUUCUCCACCGAGCGGCCGGUGCACCUGGUGAGUCCCGCCUUCCUGUCCUUCACCAUCGACGCCAACCUGGCCACGGACCCGCGGUUCCUCACCUUCCUGGGUUCCACAAAGCUUCGCACUUUGGCCAGAGGUUUGUCUCCUGCGUUCCUGAGAUUUGGUGGCACCAAGACAGACUUCCUUAUUUUUGAUCCCAAGAAAGAACCAACCUUUGAAGAGAGAAGUUACUGGCAGUCUCAAGUCAACCAGGAUAUUUGUAAAUCUGGAUCCAUCCCUUCUGAUGUAGAGAAGAGAUUACAGUUGGAAUGGCCCUUCCAGGAGCAAUUGCUACUCAGAGAACAGUAUCAGAAGAAAUUCAAAAACAGCACUUACUCAAGGAGCUCCGUGGAUAUGCUGUACACUUUUGCAAAUUGCUCAGGACUGGACUUGAUCUUUGGUCUAAAUGCCUUACUACGAACAGCAGAUUUGCAGUGGAACAGUUCCAAUGCUCAGUUGCUCCUGGAUUAUUGCUCUUCUAAGAAUUAUAACAUUUCUUGGGAACUAGGCAAUGAACCUAACAGUUUCCGGAAGAAGGCUGGUAUUUUCAUCGAUGGAUUGCAGUUAGGAGAAGAUUUUGUCAAGUUGCAUAAACUUCUAGGAAAAUCCACUUUCAAAACUGCGAAUCUCUAUGGUCCUGAUAUUGGCCAGCCUCGAGGAAAGACUGUCAAGAUGCUAACGAGUUUCCUGAAGGCUGGGGGAGAAGUGAUUGAUUCAGUUACAUGGCACCACUACUACGUGAAUGGACGAAUUGCUACCAAAGAGGAUUUUCUAAACCCUGAUGUGUUAGACACUUUUACUUCAUCUGUGCAAAAAAUUUUCCAGGUUGUUGAGGAGACCAGACCUCACAAGAAGGUUUGGUUAGGAGAAACGAGCUCUGCGUACGGGGGUGGAGCGCCAUUGCUGUCCAACACGUAUGCGGCUGGCUUUAUGUGGCUGGAUAAACUGGGCCUGUCCUCCAGAAUGGGCAUAGAAGUGGUGAUGAGGCAAGUGCUCUUUGGAGCUGGAAACUACCACUUAGUGGAUCAAAACUUCGAACCUUUACCUGAUUAUUGGCUAUCUCUUCUGUUCAAGAAAUUGGUAGGCACCCAUGUAUUAAUGGUGAGAGUGAAAGGUCCAGACAGCAGCAAACUUCGAGUAUACCUUCACUGUACCAACAUCAAUCACCCAAGGUAUAAAGAAGGAGAUUUAACCCUGUAUGCCUUAAACCUCCAUAAUGUCACCAAACGCUUGCAGUUGCCAUAUCAUUUAUUUGACAAAGAAGUGGACAAAUACCUCGUAAAACCUUUAGGGCCUGAUGGAUUACUUUCUAAAUCUGUCCAACUCAACGGUCAAACUCUGAAGAUGGUAGAUGAUCACACUCUCCCAGCUUUGACAGAAAAACCUCUCCACCCAGGAAGUACACUGGGCUUGCCAGCUUUCUCCUAUGGGUUUUUUGUGAUAAGGAAUGCCAAAGUUACCGCUUGCCUCUGAAAAUGAAAGGCAUACACCAGCCCUGAGAUUGAAUUUUUCAAGUGUUUGAUAAGAGGGGAGCAAAGCCCAAGCUAUAGGAAGGCAAGCAGACAACAUUACAGAUCAGCCAGGGAAGCUUUAAGGACAUUGGGACACUUGCGCGGUGCUAGAUUUAGCAGUCUUUUGUUCUAAAGUAGACCACUGCUAAUAAUAAUGCCUGGUGCCAAACACUAUGCUCAGUGCUUUGCAUGUUCUAUUUUUACUUAAAGUUAUUAAAAAGGUAUAUGGAUGCUCCCAAUAUAGCCAGGAGGCAAGUAAGUGAAGGAUACAGGACUAUUUUUAAGAAAGUGCUUAGUUGUUUUUAUUUUAAAAAAGCAGUUUAAAAAAAGACUGCAGGAUUCUUUACUCUAUAUGCUGUCUCUGCGUGCUCCCAGCAGAAAAAGUUUACUGCCACCAUCUUCAAACUGUCUAUAAAUGAGUGACAGUCUCUUAUCACCUUAACAGAGAGCUAGAUUUAGCUGCUGCUUCUCUUCUCACUGUUCUUUGUCAACAAUACUGUGUGAGAGGACAGAUGGCUAGAAGUGAUAGUAUAAAAAAAGAAUUAAUGACAAUUCAGAGGGGCUGGAUUACGUAAACUUCAAAUGAAAUUUUAAAGUGACUGUAAAUGAAAUCGACUUACCAAGAGGAGAAAAGGUAAUUCGAUACAUUAUAACCACCUGUUACUGUUGACUUUUAAUCUACCUUUAGUUGUUAUUUUUGUUGGGAGACUCUCCGAUGCAAGUGGCAGAAAACCCUGAUUCAAGUGGCUUAUACCACGAGGAUAUUUAUAAUCCUACAGAACAAGAAGUUCAAGUAGGGUGGGCUCAGGAUGUCACCCAGGAAUCAGGUCGUUUCCAUCUCUCUGCUCUGUCACGUUUAGUGUUGGCUUUAUUCUCCAGCUGGUGACGUGAUGGCUGGAGCUAUUCCAUGGACCCAUUCAGACCCAGCAGCAGCCAGAGAAAGAAGAUGAGCAGCUUUUUCUGCAUCUCCUUCAUAGACUUGAAAAGCCCUGUCUCAGAGGUUCUCUCAGCGAACCCCCCCCCUCAUGUCUCCUCGUGUCUUAUUGGUCAGGAAUGGGUCACACGGCCAUUCUUCCUGUCACUACCAACAUCAGUGAGAGCCUUGUAAUUGUCUCCUAGUGAUCUUUUGGAAUGGAGAGUAUGUUGGGAAGUCCAUGGCACUGGCCACUAUACUUCUGUGCUUUUAUCAGUGACAGAAGGUAUUAUUUUCUCCUUUAUCUUACUUUCUAGAGAUAGAAUUCUCUUUAUAUUUAUGCCUGCUAUGAAUAUUGUCUCUAUUAAAGUUAAGUAUAUUUAUAAAGAGAUAAAGACAGAACCCAGAGUCUGAAUGCUUCAGUACCCUAAAUUUUAUAAGUAGUUUUUAUAUUUUCACAUUCGAAAUCAAGUAAUUUUUAUAACCUCAA